AUGAGAGCCACCGCCGUCGCGCGCAAUGCGACGCGUUCAAUGCGUAUAAUCGCGCUCCCUCUUACUCCCCACCGCAAUCCCAUCAAUGGCAAGCCGGUAGAACACCUCACAUACUACCACUUUAUCACGCCACCAGAGGAUACGAAGACAUCUUCCUGGCCCAAAUGGGCUGUCGCGAAAGCGUCGGAUUUGUGGGCGGGGCUUGGGAAAGCACCUGAAAGUAGCUGGAAGCGGAAAGCGUUCCUUUAUGGCGAGCGACUAGUUGAUCGCCUCGACUUUGAGGAACUCGCGCUCAAGUCACUGGACCCUUCUCUCGGCCCCAAGAUCUCGAAUAUCGUCCCGAGUAGUUCUAAAACAGAAGGACCGUCCACGAUUCCUCUGGUGUUCCCACCGUCCGUCUCCCCGGCCCCAAUCCCACACUUGCAUUCCCUGCUAGAGAGACGGACUCCAAAGCAUAGGAAGGGCUUCUGGAUGUGGUUGGCAAUCUCGCCGCUAACGGCACCCUUCGCGAUCAUACCCAUCAUACCCAACUUCCCAUUCUUCUUCUGCAUCUGGCGCUCGUGGUCACAUUAUCGAGCAUACAAGGCUUCGGAAUACUUGGAGGGCCUCCUGCAAAGAGGCGCGAUCAUCACGCAGUCCAGCCCCGAGCUCGAUGCCAUCUACGCGAAGUACGCGCCUCGCCCACCGAAGUCGUUCGAGUCUGAGAAGCCGCCUCCCCCUUAUGCCCCGUCCGGCUCUGAGCAUUCUGAGAAGGGCGUCGACGCGGACCCGGCUCCGACGCUACUGUUGACGAAGGAAGCCGUCGUUGAGCUGCAGAAGGCUUUGGACGUGCCCGAGGACUCGACGUUCGCCGCAGACGUCUACCGUGCACUAGAGCAGGCGCGACUUCGGCUAGAGGGCAAGACAGGUGCGAAGUAGAGUGACGCGAGUGUCGUCGCCGCAUACUUCAUACGACGUCUUGCGGUGAUGAUCCGAAUGGACAUACUUUUACUAUACUAAUGCGUAGAUCUUGUACCGCCCCAACUCCUAAAUUCAAUGUUCGAUGCCCACCGUUCUCAACUUUAGUCGGUCUGGACAUGCAUAAAUCAAACAAAUACACAUUGAUAAUGUAUGAUACGCAGUGGAUGGCAGAAACGUGGAAUCGUACAAGAUGCAGCAGUACCUAACCAACCCUUGGUAGCAUGAUGAUACAAGCAUGAUAGAUAUGUUGGACAGAUCACCGGCACGAUAGACGUACACUCGUGCUUCUCCGGCACGACUUCACAAUCGAUAUGUCCAGCGUGGAGGUGAGUCUGUCAGCGCAUCACCUUAGCGAGCGCAUAGUGCGCCCUAACGGUGGUGGGCAUGUCAAGCGUGCAUAUCUCGGAGGGUUGUCACGCGUGCAUGUGCAUGCCGCGGUCGCUCCACCUCGCUAGUCUGAGCACGCAGUUGCCGAAAUGUCCCCUCCGACCCAGAGCCGCAGACUGAGGUCAAUCAUCCUCCCCAUACUCGUCCUCGUCCCCCGUCUCCUCUUCCUCAUCCUCCUCGUCGUAGUCCCCCUCCUCCUUGUACCACACCACCUUUUCCACCGGCUCGUCCCACCGCCACGGCUCCCUCACCCUCCCCUCUCUUCGCUCCCGCGCGUGCUCUUCCUCGAGCCACUGCGCGCUGACCCGCUCCAGCUCCCGCUCGAACGCGAGCCCGUCGUCGUCCCGCAUGGCCUCCUCGACCUCCCACCGUCGGAUGCGGUACUGUGUACCGCAGGCCCGCCGAUGUGCCGCUAAUCGGGCGACCUCUUUGCUGGAGACGCCGGCACAGCGGAUCUCGCGCAGAGCAGGGAGGAUCGGGAUGUCCUCCAGGACGAGGUCGGCCUCGCUGGCCUUGGCUUUGCCCUUAUCCUUGCUCGGCAGCGGAGCAGCGGCGUCUUCCCCGGCUUCGCUCCCGAUGCCGUUACCAGUGACAGCGACAGCGACAGCGACUGAGGGAGAAGCAUGGGCGUGGGGGGGCUGCAGCUGUGGCGGCUCCGAGCGCACGGUGCCGAAGAGAACGCCGAACGCGCCCUCGUGCAUGGACAGGAAGUCGGCCUCGAGCCGGGUCAGCGCACGCAGGCUCUCCAGCAGCGCCUUCCAGCUCUCCGCGCUGCACACCAGCCGGUUCACACUUAGCUUCUCCAGCCGCGCGAACUUCGGUCUUGCCUGCAACGCGCCCUGCCCGUUCAGCGCAGGUACGUCUCCAUUUGAAGCAGACGACUCGCUCGCGCCCCGCCGUGGGCUCGAAGCGAGGAACUCGACGAACGGCGAAAAGUCCUGGUCUUCCGUGUCCAGCUCGAGAUACAGCGAGCGCAGGUUCGGCGCAUCGAUCGACUUGAACACCGCGAUCAAGUAGUCCGACUCCAGAUCGUUGAGCUGUAUCUCCUGCAAACAGGGCAGAAGUACCGGGGCCGCCGACGGCGGAGGUACAUGCCCAGGCGCCAGAGCCGCGUCCGGUCCUGGCGGGUCCGCGCCCCACCACUCGAUCCCGUCCGGGGGCACCGCGCCCGACGCGCGCGCGCGGGGCCCAGAAUAGUGCAGCGAGAGGCGCUCGAGCGCAGGCGACGCGGCGAGCAUCGUGCGCCAGAGGGGAAACGGCAUGCGGACGUCGUCGGAAUGGAGCGCGUACUCGAUCGAGGUCAGGUUGCGGAGGAAGGGCGAGUUGACCCAGGGUAGGUUGACGCCCUGGAGGAUGAUGUGCUUCAGCGACGGGAGGUGGCCGGCGAAGACGACGACGGGCGGAGGACCGAUCGCGGUGAAGAGGCGUUCGGGGGUCUGCCAGUUCUGGACGUGCCAGAGCUGGAGGGUGCGGAGGAUGGGCGCGGAGCCGCAGGUGUUGAGGACCUUGCGCGCGCCGGCCUUGCAUUCGAGGUCGGCGACCUUGAGGUGGAGCUCGCGCCAGCGGUCGAUGUGCGGGAGGACGAUGUUGAAGACGGGUAUGAACUGUUCGCGGAAGAGGAGGUCCUGUCGGUGCGCGUAGGCGUCCUCGGAGCAGGUGUCGACGUAGAUGUCGAUGGGGAGGCGAGCGUUGCGGGCGAGAUAGGUGUUGCCGCGCGUCAUGUGGGGCGUUGUGCGGAAGUGGAUGGUGGUCCAUAGAUGGGGGGUAUGGAGGGCGACAUUGCGCCAGUGGCGGCAGACGUGGGAGAUGGUGACCUCGAAGGUGAGCUCGCAAGGAUCGCGGUCGUCAGGAGCGGGCUGGGAGUCGAC